AUGUGUUUAUCAUUCUUACAAUGUACAAUUCUGUGACUGCACAGUGCAACACGCGUGUCUUAUCGGUACCACCUAGCUCUCAGUCCACUGGAUGGAGUUUUGUACAUCUCAGACCCAGAAUCCCAUCAGAUCAUCCGAGUAAGGAGCAUAGAGGACUACUCAGAUCCUGAUCACAACUGGGAAACUGCAGUCGGCUCGGGUGAGCGGUGCUUGCCAGGGGAUGAGGCACAUUGCGGAGAUGGAGCACUUGCAAGAGAUGCCAAACUUACAUAUCCGAAAGGAGUGGCUGUCUCAGCUGACAAUGUGUUGUACUUUGCUGAUGGCACCAACAUUCGUAUGGUUGAUCGUGAUGGCAUUGUGACAACUGUUAUUGGCAAUCACAUGCACAAGUCCCACUGGAAACCAAUUCCUUGUGAAGGAACUCUAAAUGUGGAAGAGGUUCACUUGCGUUGGCCAACUGAACUGGCAAUCAGCCCUCUAGACAACUCCUUACAUAUCAUUGAUGACCACAUGAUCCUGCAGUUGGCUCUCGAUGGUCAUGUCAAAGUUGUAGCUGGACGCCAAUUGCACUGCCCAUCGCCUGUCGGAGGCUACGAUACUGAACUGGCAGCACAUGCUACAUUAGUGAUGCCACAGAGCAUUGCAUUUGGCCCCUCUGGAGACCUGUAUGUGGCCGAGAGUGACUCGCAGAGGAUCAACAGAGUGAGAGUGAUUGGAACUGACAGCAAGAUCUCCCAUUAUGCUGGAGCUGAAUCCAAGUGCAAUUGCUUGGACCGCGGUUGCGAUUGUUUUGAAGAUGGCCAUUUCUUGGCUUCCACAUCUAAGUUCAACAACAUCUCCUCCAUAGCUGUGACACCUGAUGGUAUUCUGCAUAUAGCAGAUCAGGCAAAUUACAGGAUUCGAUCAGUAACAGCCAGUAUCCCGGUUGCAAGUGCAUCACAAGAGUAUGAGAUAUUCUCCCCAGACACACAAGAGAUCUAUGUGUUCAACCAAUUUGGACAACACAUUGUGACUCGCAACAUUCUCACUGGAGAGACAAGUUACCUCUUCACAUAUAAUGUGAACACCAGCAAUGGGAAACUGAGCACAGUGACAGAUGCUGCAGGAAAUAAGGUGUUCCUCCUGCGUGACUAUUCAAGCCAGGUUAAAUCCAUUGAAAACACAAAAGGUCAAGGAUGCAGAAUACGGAUGUCACGGAUGAAGAUGUUGUAUGAACUGAGUACACCUGAUAAUUACAAUGUCACAUUCGACUAUCAUGGUCCAACUGGAUUACUCAAAACUAAACUUGACAGUACAGGACGUAGUUAUGUCUAUAAUUAUGAUGAAUUUGGACGCUUAACAUCUGCUAUUACACCAACUGGAAAGGUCAUCAGUCUUUCAUUUGAUCUCAGUGUAAAAGGAGCUACUGUGAAAGUUACUCAGAAUAACAGGAAACCUGUGUCGAUGCUCAUCAAGGGCUCCAGUGUUGUCACUAGGCUAGAUGAAGCAGAACACCGAACUUUAGUUCUGGCAGAUGGCAGUGUGGUCAACAUGGCUCCUUGGUCUCAUACUGUGAGUACCGAUACUGUUCCCUACACAGUUCUGUCAGACAUUGACCCUGUGUUGGGUGAGAGCUUUCCAGUUCCAGCCAAGCAGAAAACCGAAAUUGGAGGGUAUCUGGUUAAUCGUUUUGAAUGGCGAUAUUUCUUACGGCAAGCCCAAGGUGGUGGAAAAUCUGGUGUUGGCAGAGGUAGUGGCAAACCUUUGGUGCAAGUUGGGCGGAAACUGUGGAUUAAUGGUGAAAACCUGCUUACUACACAGUAUGAUCGUGAGAUGGGAACAGUGGCUGUGUUCAUGGAUGAUCGCAUCAUUGAACUUUUGAAUGUGACUUAUGAUCGUACUGCAAGGCCUGUCAAAUGGAGACCAAGGAAUGGGAUUUUUGCUGGUGUGGAGUUAGAAUAUGAUCGCUUCAGUCGCCUGACAAGCUGGAAAUGGGGAGAUCUCACUGAGAGCUAUGGCUUUGACAGAGCUGGACGCCUUUCUGAGAUACGCUAUGGUGAUGGAUCAGCGAUGAUCUAUGCUUUCAAGGAUAUGUUCAGCAGUCUGCCUCUGAAGGUAACAACACCUAGAGGAAAUGACUACCUCUUGCAGUAUGAUGAGGCUGGAGCGCUGGAGUCAAUCACAACCCCACGGGGACAUAUCCACGCAUUCUCCCUUCAAACAUCACUGGGGUUUUUCAAGUACCAGUACUUCUCACCUAUGAACCACCACCCAUAUGAGAUACUAUACAAUGAUGAUGGUCAGAUCUUGUUCAAAGUAUACCCACACCAAUCUGGUAAAGUGGUAUAUAUCUAUGAUCAAAACGGGAAACUGGAGACAAUCCUUGCAGGUCUUUCAUCCAUCCAUUAUACAUAUCAGGAGAGUACGAGUCUCGUGAACAGUAUCGACAUUAUAGAACCAAACUUUGAGCUGAAGCAGGAAUAUAAGCACCAAGCUGGGAUCCUCAAGGAUGAAAGGCUCAAAUAUGGAAGUAAGAGUGGCCUAGACAAUGCUCAUUUCCGCUAUCAGUACGAUGGAUACACCAGAAUAUCUGGCAUUGAUGUAGAGAUCAAUGGCAAGGAACUGCCUCAGUUAAGACUGAAGUACAACCAGAACUUGGGAAUGCUGGAAAUUGUCAGUGACCUCCGUAUCUACCGCAAUACUUUAAACCGUUCGGUGAUGCAAGACAGCAGUAAGCAAUUCUUAACAAUCACUGAUUAUGACAGCCAUGGCCGCAUAAAGUCUCUUCUUAUUAAUAUUAAGUCAUUUGAUGUGUACAGACUUGAGCUGGAUUAUGACAAACGUAACAGAAUCAAAACGCAGAAACUAAAAAUCGGUGCAACAUCCUCUACAGACCAGGUAACCUAUAACGCAGAUGGUCAUGUAAUGGAGGUGAUAGGCAAUGGGAACUGGAAAUAUGUUUAUGAUGAGAAUGGUAAUGUCAUAGGUGUUAUCGAACAAGGUGAGAAGAUCUCCCUGGGUUAUGAUAGUGGUGACCGUGUGGUUCAGUAUGGUGAUGUAGAGUUCAAUAGCUAUGAUGAACAAGGUUUUGUGGUGCGAAGAGGGGAGCAGAAAUACCGUUACAAUUCUCGUGCUCAGCUUAUCCAUGCAUUUGAACGUGAUAAGUUCCAGACUUGGUAUUUCUAUGAUGAUCGUGGUCGCCUCAUAUCGUGGCAUGAUGAACUUGGCAAUGUAACGCAAUAUUUCUACGCCAACCCUAGCACUCCUGAUCUUAUCUCACAUAUUCACUUUCCUAAGACUGGUCGAACAUUUCAACUUCUGUAUAAUGAUCAUGAUGUACUUAUCACCGUGGAGACAUCUGAACAGCGGUGCUAUGUGGCAUCAGAUCCUAAUGGUUCACCACUGGCAUUGUUUGACACCAAUGGCAACAUUGUAAAAGAAAUUCGCCGUACACCUUUUGGUAAAGUGACUAAGGAUUCAAAGCCAGACUUUUACAUUCCUGUUGACUUCCAUGGAGGAUUACUGGACCCUAACACAGGUCUUGUAUACCUCAACAAGAGAUUAUAUGAUCCAGUAGUAGGGCAGUGGAUGACGCCUGCCUGGGAGGAGCUGGCCAACCAACUCACUACACCAACAGAUGUCUUCAUCUAUCGCUUCAACAACAAUGAUCCUAUCAAUCGCAGACACAACAUUACAUAUAUGACAGACCUGCCAAGCUGGCUGAAGCUGUAUGGCUAUGAUGUGGACAGCAUGCUGGGAUCAUCUUACACUUCACGCAUGGUGUACCAGCCACAGGCGAUUGUGACAUCUCCUCAGCUUUCUCCUGACUUUGGCGUGAUGUCAGGGCUACAGUGCAUAGUAGACAAGAUGAACGAAAAGUUCAGUGACCUGGGCUUUGUUCCAAAGCCACUUCUGAAAAUGGAGCCCAAAACACGAAACCUUCUUCCACGAGUGGCAUACAGGAGGGCUGUAUUUGGUGAAGGAGUGCUCAUCUCACGGGUGGCGGGAAGAGCCAUGGUCAGUGUGGUAGAAGGUGUCAAUGGGGUUGUUCAGGAUGUGGUAACAUCUGUGUUCAAUAAUUCAUACUUCCUGGACUUGCACUUUAGUCUACAUGACCAAGAUGUGUUCUAUUUUGUGAAGGAUAAUGUCUUAAAAAUUCAUGAUGAUCAGGAGGAACUAUGGCGUUUGGGUGGAAUGUUUAACAUAACAGCACAUGAGACAGCAACUGAACAUGGUGGAGCAGGUGGCACUAAAGAGCUAAGGCUUCACAAUUCUGAUGCAGCUGUUUUCAUUCGAUAUGGUGCAGAUCCUGAACAGGAGCGUCAUCGCAUUUUCAAACACGCACACAAACGAGCUGUGGAACGAGCAUGGGAACUGGAGAAGCAGCUGGUGGCGGCCGGGUUCCGUGGGCAUGGGGAUUGGACUGAGGAAGAAAAAGAAGAACUUAUCCUGCAUGGAGAUGUGGAUGGUUAUGAAGGGGUGGACAUCCACAGCAUUCAUCAAUACCCCCAACUGGCAGAUGAUCCUGGAAAUGUCGCUUUUCAUCGGGAUACAAAGCGCAAUAGAAGAAAAUAGUGGACGGAUUCGGAGAGUGAGAUGUAUGUUAUGCUGUUUUUAUAUUUUUUAAAAGAGUGGAAUAAGAUUCUGGCAUGUUUAGGCUCCAGACAUAUUUUUUCAAGGGUUUUUACCUAACUAAAGAAAAGAAAGCAAUACUUAUUGGCACAUAUUUCUUGUUUAUACAGAUGUGCAAUUCUUGUAAUACGAUUUAGGUCUUUGGAAGAUAGACUGGACAAUUAGAAGUGGAAGCCUUGUGCUGAACUUUACAGGUAGGCCUGUUUGAGGGGCCACAUAUUUCUUUAUCCAGUGAAAAUUAUUUCUUACUCAUCAUCAAUUUCCUAACCUGAUGUCAUAUUUAUUUGGCCAGUGGCCCUUGUGAAUAAAUAGAAAUUAACAGUGUAGCAUGUCAGUUCAGAUGAGAGUCAUCUGUGUAACUAACUGUACAUAGACUUAAUUAUUAAUUAAAAGAACAUAUACACGUAAUGCAAUGUCUACAAUAUUGUACAAUGAUGUUAUCAUAGGACUUAUGUAAAAGGUUACACAUUAUACAAGACAGUAAUAGAUUCCUGACCAAUUGUUAUGUCUCUGCCAUUCAAAUUUUUUAUGAUGGUCUUCAAAUUUGAUUUUGUUGAUAUUCUGUUUGAUUUUACACCCUACUAAACAUUUUUUAAUUUAUUUACUAGGGUUAUAUUACUAGAGUACUAUUACAUUCGUACUACAACAACUUAAGAAUUGUUUUAGUUAUAUUAAUGUACAUGUUGAAGCUUACUUUAUUAUGUACUUUCUGAUGUGUAUGACUAUAUUUACGUUGUACUGCUUUA